CCACUCCAACCGCAACCGCAGCCUCUUCUCCCCAACCGAGCCCACCACCACCAAGGAAGAAGCCACACCAGCUCCCAAAACCCCACUACAAAUCCCCCUAUUCAUCCUGCUCCCCAGCAGAUCGCACAAUCGGCAAGCGUUUCCGUGUGAUUCGACCCCGAAUACCCAAGCAGCGAAGCGGAGGCGGCGGUUCUUGGCAGAAAAAAAAAAUCGGUUCUUUGAUUGGGGAGGGGAGAUGAGCGAGGGGGUGAAGGCGAUGCUGGCGCGACCGAUCCAGAUGGCCGACGAGGUCGCCAAGCAGUGCGCCGCCGCGCGGAGCUUCCGCGCCGAGUGCGCCGACCUCAAGGUCCGCGCUGACAAGCUCGCCGCCCUGCUGCGUCAGGCAGCGCGGGCGCCGGACCUCUACGACCGCCCGGCCGCGCGGAUCAUGGCCGGGGCGACGCAGGCCCUGUCCAGGGCGUCGGUGCACUCGGCGCGGUGCGCGCGCGGGCACUCGCGGCUCCGGAGCCUCUUCACGCUCAGCCCCGCCGCCGGGUUCCCGCGCGCCGUCGCCGCGCUGGACACCGCUCUCGAGGACGUCGCCUGGCUGCUCCGCAUCUCCUCGUCGCACCACCACGACGGAGGAGGCGGGGACGGCGAGGACGACUCGCUCCUGGGACUCCCCAACAUCGCGCAGAACGAGCCCAUCCUCUUCUUCAUCUGGGACCACGUCGCGCGGCUGCACACAGGCUCCCCCGCGGCGCGCGCGGACUCGGCGGCAAACCUCGCCUCGCUGGCCCGGGACAGCCAACACUUCGCCAAGCUCAUCAUCGAGGAGGACGGCGUGCCGCCGCUGCUCAAGCUGCUCAAGGAGGGCACAGACGACGGGCAGGAGGCCGCGGCGCGCGCGCUGGGGCUGCUGGGAUGCGACGCUGAGAGCGUGGACAAGCUCAUCCAGGCGGGGGUGUGCUCCGCCUUCACUGCUGCACUCAAGGAGCCGCCCAUGCGCGUGCAGGCCGCAGUCGCCGAGGCCGUUGCGACCCUUGCAGACCGGAGUUCCACGUGCCAGGACCUCUUCGCGCAGAACAACGCCGUCCGGUACCUCGUUGGCCACCUUGCCUCUGGGACCAUUCAGGAGCACAGCAGGUACUCCGUUGGCUCAAGCAGCUCUAAUAAGAACAGCACCGCUGCACCGCAGUCCAUGAACUUGCUCCACUCUGUGAUGGUUGCCAAGACUCUGAGCAUGAACCGCGAUGGUGACCUUGACACCUCCAGUGGCACCGCCGAGCCGCCAAGGAUGUCUAAUGGCUCGCCAGGCGAGCAAGACACGAAAAGGAACCAAAUGCAGUCGGUGGUUCACUCUGCUAUGGCUGCCAAGACAACCACAAAUGGCUCGUUGGUUCCGCCAUUCAGGCCGCAGCUGGGCACGAGUGGCUCCAGUGGCCGUGGUGCUCGCGAAGUGGAGGAUCCCGAGACCAAGGCACACUUGAAGGCUAUGGCGGCAAAAGCUCUGUGGAAGCUCGCCCACAGCCAUUUGGGUGUCUGCAAGAGCAUUACAGAGUCGCGUGCGCUGCUGUGCUUUGCUGUGCUCCUGGAGAAGGGUGAUGGAGAUAUGGGUACUGAUGUGCAGUUCUUCUCGGCAAUGGCAAUCAUGGAAAUUGCCCGUGUCGCUGAACACAGCCUUGUGCUGCGGCAAUCGGCAUUCAAACCCAGCUCCCCAGCAGCCAAGGCUGUCGUUGAUCAGCUUCUCCUUGUCGUCCGCAAGGGCGACUACGACAGGUUGCUCCGCCCAUGCAUCACCGCCCUUGGCUGCCUUGCGCGCACCUUCACAGCAAGUGAGACCAGGGUCGUCGCCCCUCUUGUGCAGCUUCUCGACGAGCGUGAGCCACCGGUCACUAAGGAGGCGGUGAUCGCGCUCACCAAGUUCGCAUGCACUGAGAACCACCUACAUGUGAACCACUGCAAGGCCAUUGUCGAUGACAGCGGUGCUCAUCACCUUGUCCAGCUUGUCUACCUCGGCGACGAGGUGCAGAUAGAGGCGCUGAUACUACUCUGUUACAUUGCACUGUACGUGCCUGAGAGUGAGGAGCUCGCUCAGGCCGGUGUGCUGGCCGUGUUGCUCUGGGCAUCGAAGCAGGCUCACAUGGUGCAAGACACACGUGUCGAGGCACUGCUUCCAGAUGCCAAGGCGAGGGUGGAGCUCUUCCAGUCCAGGGCCUCCAGAUGAUGCAGGAAACAGGAUCACUGGACAUGGGUUAGUACUUUGCUGCAAUGUGUAACUAGAGUAGAGUUAUUUUCAUUGUCCGCAAUUGCUCUUGUGAGUUAGCUUACAUUGUAGGCUGUACAUAUGAAGCCAUCAAUUGUCUCAGAAAAUUGUUUGGGGGUAUUGAAUUAUAAUUCACGAGACAUUGAAACACAAUAUUGGUGUACCUGUAAAGUUGGCCAUGAAACUUUUGUCUGUUCAUUUCUGGUUCCAUCAAGUUGAAUCACAAACAACUGGACAAUGAAGUUUCAGUCUUUAACCAUGCAUUGACUUUGUUAAGAAA